AUGGAACGCACCACGAUACCCGUCUCGAUAGCGGUCCACCGUCGUGCAGAAGGUGGACAACCAUCAGGAAGUAAUGGUGACCCAGCAACGCACUUCACAAGUUCAAACUACACUCGAGGCUUUUUGCUCCUCCUCUUUGUGGGCUUGGCACUGUACGGAACCUAUUUGUUUCUGAAUUGGCGACGACGAAAAAGUGGCUAUGCAUCAAACCUUGGAAGAGGUCUACUGGGGCGGUUCGGCGGCGGGAAUGAAGCUCACUCUACAGAGGGAUACGAUCCGUUAUCAAAUCAGCAGUUUGCCUUUGACGAAGAAUUAGAUCUAGAGCUAAAUUCAUACAAUUUCGGUGGGGAGGCCGGUGCUCAUCCUUAUGGUGGUGUUAAGCUUCGAGCUGGCAGCUCAGCGGCCGGAUGGGAAAAGGGCGUGUAUGGUUAUGGGCAAGGUGGGAGAAAUGCAGGCCAGCAACCAGAUGGUCAUUCAACCCGGUCACGUACAACCAACGCACCUUCACUGGUUGCUCAUCGGUCCACUCCUAUUGAGACAGGAAAUGCAGAUACAGAAGACGCAGACGAACUCUUGAGAUGGGCGGAAGCCAACAUACCCAGCCCAACCUCCCCACAUGUAUGA